CCAGCGCCAGUACCAGUGCCUACUGAGACUUCAAACCGUGUGGAUUUUAAAACAAAUCGCGCUGCCCAACAGUUGCAAGUAUUGCAAAAUUCGCCCCCCCAGACCGAGAAUGUAAAAGUUUUGCGGCGGCCAUGCAAAAUUCAACGCGCCUCGAGUUAUGCAACACAUGCUCGCAAAUCUUUUCCGGGGAAAUCUUUUGAAAGUUUCGCUGCUGCGGAGUAGUUAGGUGAUUUUUGUUUGAUAUUUCGAAGAAAGUAUAUAAUUGUCGGAAGAGUGUAUGAUUAAUGUUAUGUUGGCUGUAAAUAUAUGCUCGUACGCGGUGCGAAAGGAAAUAACAGUCGCUGGCUGCCAUUGGGAACCGCCGAAGGACACGUGUAAGUGUGCAACGUUGUGCAAGGCCAACUAGACCAGAGAACAAUGUGUAUGAUCAAUAAGGUGACCAAACUUCACAGUUGUCGUCGUCGCCGCGUGGUGAGGUGGCAAUCCGUCAGCGGUCAGCGUUCGGCCGGAAGUGUGUGAAUCGCGCGUGGCCUUGACACGAUUCGGAAGGUAUACUUGCGGAGUUGUACGGGGGCAAUCGCCUGGAGGCACGCAACCAUGGGUCUCUUUGACAAGCUGUCCAGUAUGCUGAAGAUCAAAAAAGAGCAGAUCAACAUACUGGUGGUGGGGUUGAACAAUAGUGGCAAGUCGACGAUUGUGAACCGGUUCAAGAACCCGGACGAGCGCAGUAACGUCAUCGUGCCGACGGUCGGAUUCAGCAUCGAGCGGUUUCAGACACUUUUCUCGUUGAAAUCUUGGCCAGCACAGCCUGGGGAUCAGGGAGUCUUCUUCACGGCGUUCGACAUGUCCGGUGCCACGCGAUACCGCAGUCUCUGGGAGCAUCACUUCAAGUCCUGCCAGGGCAUCGUGUUUGUCAUCGAUUCCAGCGACCGAAUGAGGCUAGUGGUCGUCAAAGACGAGCUGGAGCUGCUGCUGCAGCACCAGGACAUUGCGAACCGCCGGGUACCGAUACUGUUUUUUGCCAACAAGAUGGACUGUGCGGACGCGUUGAGCAGCGUGAAGAUCGCCGCCGGGUUGGGCCUGGAGAAGAUCAAGGACAAGCCGUGGCACAUCAGCUCGAGCAACGCGCUGACCGGGGAGGGCCUGCAGGACGGCGUGCAGUGGAUGGUGCACCAGAUUCGGGAGUGCGUGGCCAGCUCGAAGGAGAAGAGUACGUAAAAGACUGCGAAAGGGAGGGAGGGGUUUAGGAUGGAAUGGUUUGUAAUUCGAUGAGAAUGGUGUAAAAAAACAUAUCAGUGAGCUCGAUUUAGGAAUUUAGGAAUUGAAAAUCUAGUCAAGAAUAAUAAAU